CAGGAUGGAGCUGUACAGUGAUAUCAUAUCGCCACCGUGCCAAACUGUGCUCCUAACGGCACGGAAGUUGGGAAUAACUCUGAACAUCAAGAAGAUAGACCUCGAAGAUCCGGCCGAUAUGGCCGCCCUUACAAAGGUUAAUCCUCAACACAUGAUCCCAACCCUGGUGGACGGGGACCAUGUGAUGUGGGAGUCGUAUGCGAUCGCGAUUUAUCUGGUGGAGAAGUACGGCAAAGACGAUUCGCUCUACCCGAAGGAUCCGAAGGUGCGCUCCGUCGUAAAUCAGCGGUUGUUCUUUGACAUCGGAACACUGUACAAAAAUGUGCUGGCUAACCUUGAGGAAGCGUUGGCCGAUCGGAAACCAUCGGAAGAGAUGGAGACGAAACUCAAGAAGGCUCUAGACUUGGCCGAAAGAUUCGUUACCGAGCGAUCGUAUGCGGCCGCGGAUCAUCUGACCAUCGCCGAUAUCGCUAUGCUGAGCAGUAUCACGGCACUCGGAUGGUUCCAGUACGGUCUGGAGUCCUAUCCCGGCAUCAGGGCAUGGGUUUCGCGUGUUACGCCCGAGUUCCCGGACUACGAGGCCUUCAAACAGGAGCUGCAGGAGCAAACUAAGCUUUACAUCGAGAAACACCAAAUAGCUCAAUAAAGAGGAAGUAAU